AUGGCCGACUAUUGCAAACAACUCAAGGUCAUCUCCGAUCAACUCUCCAACGUCGGCAACCCGGUAUCCGAUCAAAAGAUGGUUCUUCAACUUGUUGCGGGUCUUACCAAAGGUGAGUACGACACUAUUGCCACCUUAAUCCAACAAUAUGAUCCCUUGCCUAGUUUUCACAAGGCCCGGUCACAAGUAAUCUUGGAAGAAACUCGUCGAUCUCGCCAAGAUGAUCACACCCAACAUACCCUUGUCACUACUCCCGACACCACCACCACUCCCACCUACUCUCAACCGAAUUCUUCUCACCAGGGUGGGGGCAAGGGUGGGAAAGGCAAAGGCAAAGGGGGGUGGAAAAACGGUAAAGGCAAAGGCAGAGGAAAACAAGGCAGCCCAAAUUUUGACCCUUAUGUUACCGAUUUUGAAAUCCCACAACAACAAAUGGCCCAACAACCUGCUCCUUACAUCAACUGGACCGAACCGCUUCAAGGAUGGGCCGCACCUCCGUGUCCGUAUCCUACAGGACCCCAGCACGGGUCCACUGGUUUCCAUCAUCAGUCCUCCCUCCUUGGUAAUGGGUCGCGCGUCAGCAACCCGGGCCACCUCAGCAGGCCCCUCAUCAAGCCUACAUUCAUUAAAUGGGUCCUGGCAGCAGCUCUUAUGGCCCCUUGA